AUUAUCUUCCUCAUCGCGUUGCACAAUUUUACUUUCAAAUUGCAUAUGUGUUUGUUGCAAAAGAAAGGCUUUGUGUAAUGAAAAUAAUUGUGUACAAGUGCAUCUAACAGCUGUUACUAACAUAAUUCACAUUUAAGAUUUCUUUCCCCCAAGCCUUUUGAUGGUAAUUCUUUCAAGACUAACUCGGAUACUAUCAUUUGCAACAAAUAGAAUAAAACAAACACCAACAGGUUUACUAUAUUUUUCUACUCAAGCCAAACCACAGUGGGGCUCCAAAAAGCAGCACAGACAAAUCAAAUUGCAACUACUACAACAAAUCAUGGAUCCUAAAGCUGAAGAAAUUUUGGCACCUUUGAGAGCCAGCGUCAAAGAACAAGGUGAUUUGGUGCGUGAGCUAAAAUCAAGUGGAGCACCUCAAAUAGAUGUGAAAAAAGCUGUAGUGGAAUUGUUAGCACGCAAGAAAGCCCUUGAAGAAAAGGAAUUGAGUCUACAACCACAAGUAGCAACAUUUGAUCGUUCUAAAAUGGAAGAUUUGUUGAAAAGAAGAUUCUUCUAUGAUCAGUCGUUUGCUAUUUAUGGAGGCAUUGCUGGCCAAUACGACUUCGGACCAAUGGGUUGCGCCCUCAAAGCCAACAUGUUGGCAGCCUGGCGCCAAUUCUUCGUCCUGGAAGAACAAAUGUUAGAGGUCGACUGUUCUGUCCUGACACCAGAAACUGUACUCAAGGCUUCCGGACACGUGGAUCGUUUUGCAGAUUUGAUGGUGAAGGAUUUGAAAACUGGCGAAUGUUUCAGAUUGGAUCAUCUGAUCAAGGCGCAUUUGGAAAAGGUUUCGAGUGAUCCUAAGGUCACCGAUGCUGUUAAGGCGGAGUGCACUGAUAUCGUAGUUAAGUUGGAUGGAAUGACCUCCAACGAAAUGGCAGCCGUUAUGAAAAAAUUCGACAUCAAAAGCCCACUUACCCAAAAUCCACUAUCAGAACCGAUUGAGUUCAAUUUGAUGUUUGGAACCCAAAUUGGACCCACUGGCCUGGUUAAAGGUUUUUUGAGACCAGAAACCGCUCAAGGCAUUUUUGUAAACUUCAAGCGUCUCUUGGAAUUUAAUCAAGGAAAAUUACCAUUUGCGGCAGCACAAAUAGGUAAUGCUUUCCGGAAUGAGAUAUCACCCAGAAGUGGUCUGAUCCGUGUCAGAGAAUUCACCAUGGCUGAAAUUGAACAUUUCUGUGACCCCAACGAUAAGUCUCAUCCAAAAUUCUCUGAUGUUGCAGAAGUUGAAAUGGUGUUGUAUUCGGCUUGCAAUCAGAUGGAUGGAAAGAGUGCUGAAAGAGUUAAAAUCGGGGAAGCUGUCAAAAAGGGUCUAGUUGCCAAUGAGACUUUGGGUUACUUCAUGGCCCGCAUACAACAAUUUUUGCAUAAACUUGGUAUCGAUCCAACCAGGUUAAGAUUUAGGCAACAUAUGGGAAAUGAAAUGGCACAUUAUGCAUGCGAUUGCUGGGAUGCUGAGUGUCUCACAAGUUAUGGUUGGGUGGAGUGUGUCGGUUGUGCCGAUAGAUCUGCAUACGAUCUGACACAACAUUACAAAGCCACCGGUGUUAAACUGGCUGCCGAGAAGACUUUACCACAACCUAAAAGUGUUGAGGUUGUAGAAGCCGUACCCAACAAAUCAGUAUUAGGCAAAACUUUCAAAAAAGACGCUAAAGCUAUAACAGAUCUUUUAGCUAAUUUAAGUCUGGAUGAACUCAGAACCAUGGAGAAGAAUCUCGCAAAUGGUGGACACACAGUUGCAUUACCAUCAUCAAGUGAAAUAACACUUACUAAAGACAUGGUUUCGGUUAAAAGUGAAACGAAAACUGUGCAUGUUGAGGAUAUCGUGCCUUCUGUUAUUGAACCAUCGUUUGGUAUUGGUCGAAUAAUGUACUCCCUCUUCGAGCACAAUUUCAACACCCGAGAAGGCGAUGAACAGAGAAGCUACCUGUCACUGCCAGCUUGCAUCGCCCCCUUGAAGUGCUCCGUUCUUCCUUUGAGUAGCAAUGCACAGUUUGUGCCUUACGUUAAACAAUUAUCGAGUGCCCUGACAAAAGUGGAUGUGUCUCAUAAAGUGGACGACUCUUCAGGCUCCAUCGGCAGGAGAUAUGCUAGGACUGAUGAAAUUGCAAUUCCAUACGGAAUUACAAUUGAUUUUGAUACGUUGACUACUGACAGUGUUACGUUACGGGAAAGGGAUAGCAUGGGACAAGUCAGAGUACCUUUGUCUGAAAUUGCUGAUGUCGUAAGAGAUUUAUCUCAAAGCAAAACUUCAUGGAAAGAUGUGGAACAAAAAUAUCCUAAAUUUGAAGCUCAGGAAGCCAAUAAGACUGAGUAAACACUGGCACGAUACUUUCAUAUUAUAUA